GCGGUGGACCGCAGUGACGAGGCCCGGCCAUGGCGGCCACGCGCCUCUGAGGCCGCAGAGCCGGAGCCUGACGAUGCAGCUUGGCUGCUUGCUGACUGCCCGGGCGCGCGGCCCCUAGGAUCCCCGCUGCGGUCAUCGCUCUGCAGUCUUCAUGGUGCAUUCCUCCUCAGAGCUUCCGGCCGUGUAGCAGCCGCUGCCGGCCGGGCCCGGGGCACUCUGCCUAUUCAUCAGGCACUUUGCAUCUUCACCUCCAUUCCCAUUUGCCUUUUCGUUCCCCCUUCUGCUUCUCAUCUGUCUCCGCCACCCCGCUAUGGCCGCAGAAGAGGUGCUGCAAACGGUAGACCACUAUAAGACUGAAAUAGAGAGGCUGACCAAGGAGCUCACAGAAACCACCCACGAGAAGAUCCAGGCUGCUGAGUAUGGACUGGUGGUGCUGGAGGAGAAACUGACUCUCAAGCAACAGUAUGACGAGCUGGAGGCCGAGUAUGACGGCCUCAAACAAGAGCUGGAGCAGCUCAAAGAGGCAUUUGGGCAAUCCUUCUCUAUCCAUCGUAAAGUGGCUGAGGAUGGAGAGACUCGGGAGGAAACACUUCUACAGGAGUCUGCAUCCAAGGAAGCUUAUUAUCUAAACAAGAUCUUGGAGAUGCAGAAUGAACUGAAGCAGAGCCGGGCUGUGGUCACAAAUGUCCAGGCAGAAAAUGAGAGGCUCACAGCUGUCGUGCAGGAACUGAAGGAGAACAAUGAGAUGGUGGAGCUACAGAGAAUACGAAUGAAAGAUGAAAUCCGAGAAUAUAAAUUCCGGGAGACCAGACUCCUUCAGGACUAUACAGAACUGGAAGAAGAAAAUAUUACAUUGCAAAAACUAGUGUCCACAUUAAAACAGAACCAGGUUGAAUACGAAGGCUUAAAACAUGAAAUAAAGCGAUUUGAAGAAGAAACAGUGUUACUGAACAGCCAACUGGAAGAUGCCAUCCGACUGAAAGAGAUUGCAGAGCAUCAGUUGGAAGAAGCCCUUGAGACAUUGAAAAAUGAAAGAGAGCAAAAAAACAACCUGAGGAAGGAACUGUCCCAGUACAUCAACCUCAGUGAUAACCACAUCAGCAUCUCGGUAGAUGGGCUCAAGUUUUCUGAGGAUGGGAGUGAGCCAAACAAUGACGACAAGAUGAAUGGGCAUAUCCAUGGGCCUCUUGGGAAACUUAAUGGAGACUAUCGUACUCCCACAUCACGGAAAGGAGAAUCCCUACACCCUGUGUCUGACUUAUUCAGUGAGCUGAACAUUUCAGAAAUUCAGAAAUUGAAGCAGCAGCUCAUGCAGGUAGAACGAGAAAAAGCUAUUCUUCUGGCCAACCUCCAGGAGUCACAAACCCAGCUAGAACACACCAAGGGGGCACUGACAGAGCAGCAUGAACGCGUGCAUCGGCUCACAGAGCAUGUCAAUGCCAUGAGGGGCCUGCAGAACAGCAAGGAGCUCAAGGCUGAGCUAGAUUGCGAGAAGAGCCGCAACUCAGCAGAGGAGGCCCACGACUAUGAGGUGGACAUCAAUGGUUUAGAGAUCCUUGAGUGUAAAUAUAGAGUGGCUGUCACUGAGGUCAUUGAUUUGAAAGCAGAAAUUAAGGCCUUAAAGGAGAAAUAUAAUAAAUCUGUAGAAAAUUAUACAGAAGAAAAGACAAAAUAUGAGAGUAAGAUCCAAAUGUAUGAUGAGCAAGUGACAAACCUUGAGAAGACAUCUAAGGAGAGUGGCGAGAAGAUGGCCCACAUGGAGAAGGAGUUGCAAAAGAUGACUGGCAUAGCCAAUGAAAAUCACAACACUCUCAAUACAGCCCAGGAUGAGUUGGUGACAUUCAGUGAGGAGCUAGCACAGCUUUAUCACCAUGUGUGUUUAUGCAACAAUGAAACCCCCAACAGGGUCAUGCUGGACUACUAUAGACAAAGUAGAGUUACCCGAAGUGGCAGCCUCAAGGGGCCUGAUGAUCCUAGGGGACUUUUGUCUCCAAGAUUAUCCAGGAGGGGUGUUUCAUCCCCAGGAGAAUCAAGGACAUCACCUGAACCAGUUUCAAAAGAAAACACAGAAACUAUUAAAGAGCCAAGUCCAACCAAGACUCCCACGAUCUCUCCUGUUAUUACUGCCCCACCAUCAUCUCCAGUUUUGGAUACAAGUGAUAUCCGCAAAGAGCCAAUGAAUAUCUACAACCUCAAUGCCAUAAUCCGGGACCAAAUCAAGCAUCUGCAAAAAGCAGUGGACAGAUCCUUACAGCUGUCUCGUCAAAGGGCAGCAGCGCGAGAGUUGGCUCCCAUGAUCGAUAAGGACAAAGAAGCCUUAAUGGAAGAGAUUCUCAAGCUGAAGUCCUUGUUGAGCACCAAGCGGGAGCAGAUUGCCACACUGAGGGCAGUGUUGAAAGCCAAUAAGCAGACAGCUGAGGUGGCUCUAGCGAAUCUGAAGAACAAAUAUGAAAACGAAAAGGCAAUGGUGACCGAAACAAUGACAAAGCUGAGGAACGAGCUGAAGGCUUUGAAAGAGGAUGCUGCCACCUUCUCAUCCCUGAGAGCGAUGUUUGCAACAAGAUGUGAUGAAUAUGUCACACAGCUGGAUGAGAUGCAGAGGCAGUUAGCAGCUGCAGAGGAUGAGAAGAAGACUCUAAAUACUUUAUUGCGAAUGGCUAUCCAGCAAAAGCUCGCCCUGACACAGCGGCUGGAGGACUUAGAGUUUGACCAUGAGCAGUCCAGACGCAGCAAAGGCAAACUUGGAAAGAGCAAGAUCGGCAGCCCUAAAGUAAGUGGGGAGACGCCAGCCACUGUGCCUACCAUAGACACUUACUUCCUGCAUAGUCAGGGUCCACAGACACCCACCAUUCGGGUCAGCAGUGGCACUCAGAGGAAAAGACAAUUUUCACCUUCCCUUUGUGAUCAGAGCCAUCCCAGGACUUCAGGGGCUUCCUACCUUCAGAAUUUAUUAAGAGUUCCCCCUGAUCCCACCUCCACAGAAUCAUUUCUUCUGAAAGGUUCCCCUUCCAUGAGUGAACUCAUCCAAGGGCAUCGGCUCAGCAAGGAAAAAAGGUUAACCGUGGCUCCACCAGAUUGUCAGCAGCCUGCUGCCUCCGUAUCGCCACAGUGCUCACAACUAGCUGGGAGGCAAGACUACCCAACUGUCAGUCUGGACAUUGCCCUCCCUGAGGAGCAGCCACAUUCCAGCGCACAGUGUGCUCCUCUCCAUUAUCUCACCAAGCCCCCUUAUCCCUAGUCUUCAUCUCUCAUGGAUGAGUAUCUGUGCUGAAGGUUUUCUGGCCACACUGAGGACACUGCCCGCGAUCUAGCAGGUGUCUUCUUGGAGAUUAGAUGUACAUAUGUAUUACAAUCCAUCAUUUUUGAAGAGGAGAGAGAGCUCAGAAGAAUAAAAUGACGCAUUGAACCUCAUGUGAUUAAACAAUUUAUGACUUCUCUGAGUCAUAGAUGACCUGCAAUCAAAUGGCAACAGUUCUCUUGAAAUUUGUAAGAAACAUGUAUCUCAGACAGCUGGCUUUACCUCCAUAGCAUAAAGAGAUCCAAGACAGUGUAAAAUAAAUAUAUUGUAAAAAUCAUCUUUCCCUGUCUUUCAGAGUCAGCCAGAGAAGUUGAUUUCAGUAUUUUUCAUUGAUACUUUAUACUUUAUUUGCUAUAUGGUUUUUGUUUAUAAAGAUAAUUUUUGUAAGCAAAAUUCAUUUGUUUUUAAAUAAUCAUAGUUAGCUUGGUUUAAUUUAUUUUAAAAUCUGGAACUGGCAAGAUUAUGAUCUUUCUUGCAGAGAAUUACAAAUGAGGUGCAUUAGAAUGUUGACAAUAACUGUUUUGCUGCUACAUGAAUAUUAGAAAAUAACAUGUAUUUUCUAAUUCAUACUCCAUUAAUGGCUUUUUUUUAAACUAGAGUUCUUCACUGGACAUUUAUUAACAAAAUAUAAGGAAGAGGCAAAGAUAUGAUUCAUUGACUUAAUCAAGUUUUGUUGGUAUAUAUAAUUUUUUAAAACUGCAGUUGAGUAUAUAUAUUGGUGCUGCUCCUGUGUGAUUGUGUGUAUGUGUGUGUGUGGUCAUGUUAAAGAAUGGCAAAUUAUUUGGAGGAAAGAAACGGUGUGUUUAUUUAAUAACCACAAAAUUUUUAAACUUUUUCCAAAUUUAGGGUCUUACUAUGGGUUUCCCACUAAAAGGGAUCACAAUAAAUGAAAAAACAUAUACAUAAAUAGCUGUAAGGUAGCCUUUGGUUGUUAAUUUAUGCAGAAAGUAUAUGUUUUGUUGUUUCUUUCACAAUGAAUCUUUCUUGCCAAAAAAAAAAAGGAUAAUGAACCUUAGCUUAUUGUCUACUUUUGACAAACACUCAGGUGCCUACAGUCAUAUUAUAUUGAGAUAAGACAUGUUCCUAUUUAAUUUACAGAUUCUGCUAAGUAACUUUUAUGACUUUAUUUAAUGCAAUAGAAUUUCAUAGAAAAAUUUAAUUUUGCAUUAUUGAGAAAACAAGGACAACAGCUAAUUGAGCUGUAAGGUCUAACUUGGAUUCCUCAGUUUUCAAGUGCUGCCCACAUAAUUGCGCCUAACCCUGACUCCUUGUCCUGUCAGGUAGCCUUAACUUACACAAAACCAUAAAGGUUUUACUUUUACAUGUAACAAUAUCUUUAACUUCUCUUCAAAACAAAAAUGAUCCUCACUGUUAGCAAAAUGAUGACUAGCGCUGUAGGAAGACAACAGAGAUUUCAGAGUUUCCCAGCUUGUGGAGCUGAAGGGGUGGCACGUUUGUGAAGGGCUCCAAAGGUCAGCAGUCAGUCACAAAGUAUGUUGCAGGAACUUUGUUUCUUAUAUUCCUGUUAAGUAGCAGUCAUGGUUACCAAAGCAACCCAACAAUUGUAUAUUCCUUAUCUAAAUGAUGUUUUCAUGUCAUUUCUUAUGCAACUUGGAGUAAUAGUUGAAAAAGUUGCAAAAAUAAGGAUGCAGGUUAAAGUACAGCAACACACAGAAAAGAUCCUGAUGGAAGUCCUACUCAGUCAGAAUCCCCACAGAGUUGCUCCUGCCUAUGUUGCUUUGUUGUUCCAGCACAUUCUCCUCAUUUACUGGUGUUAAAUCUGCCUGGUGCCAAUAUUAGUGAGACAGUAUGGAUUUUCAUUAGAGUUCAGUUAAAGACAACUUCCUCUGUUUUUUCUUUUUCUUGUUACCCAUCUCUAAGCAUGAGUUGUAAUCCAAGAUGUGUCAUAGUUGCUAAGUUGACUUUGACCUAAGGGAUAACAUACCUUUUAAAUAAAUACUCCAGAAUAAGCCUGUCUUUGAAUUGGGAACCCGACAAUGGAUCUCUUCUCUGUGUAACCACUGUUGACUCAGCUGCACUGUAUUUGUGUACAAAGUUGAUUUCUUCCAAUAUGAAAUUUAUCAAUAAGUCUUUUAUAAACUAGUUUUAUUUUAGUUGUUUAUUUUAAUAAAGUAGGAAAUGUUUGUUUUGAAAUAUUAAUUCUAUAAAAUAUUAAUUUUAGCAGAACUUUGCCAAAAAGAUAUAGAAACUUUGAAACAAAUUUUUUAUUUUCAGCACAAAAGUAUGUGGUAAUCUCUAAAAACAGUAAGAGAGUAACGUUUAUUUAUGUUUUACAACAUCAUUUAGUAUAGUUUAAACUGAGCCAUAUUUAUAUUUAUUUAUUUAUUUAUUUAUAGACCUUUUCAGUGAAUAAAUGCGUAGUACUAAUGAAAAUAAAUGCUGUAAAGAUAUUAGGAUGUCAAAAGAAAGUGAAAAAUUGAUGAAACAAAAACCAUGAGUCUCAGUAAGAAUAACCGAGGUUCAUUUGAUAUUAAAAUAAAACUUCAGAAACACUACAAAUGCUAAUUGUUGUAAACAUGUCAAACAAAAUCAAGAUUAGUUAGCAAAGUAACCAGCUACUGUAAAAAUUUUCAUUACAUUUUGCUCUGUGUGUGUGUGUGUGUGUUUGCAUAAGCAUGCAUGUACACACAUGCAUGUCUACAGCAUGGGUGAGAAAGUUGGAGGAAAACCUGCAGGAGUUGCUUCUCUCCCACCUAUGUGGAUCCCAAGGACUGGACUCAGAUUAUCAGGCCCAGAGGAAGCAUCUUUAUCUGCUGAGCAUCUUACGUGGAUCCCCAGGACUGAACUCAGAUUAUCAGGCCCAGAGGAAGCAUCUUUAU